AUGUUGAAACGUCAAGCAAGAUUACGUAGAGAAUUCAUCUAUAAAAGGUCUAUUGAAGUUCGGGAUGCUGAAGACGAAAAGAAGAAAAAACUGUUGAAAGCUGCCUUAGCUGAGGGAAAAUCCUUACCUAAAGAAAUCCAGAAGGAUGCAUUACAGUUAAAUGAAGAGCUAGAUUGGAGUGAUGAUGGUGGGGAAGGAGUUGCUACUAACCAAGAUGAUGAGUAUUUUUGGGCUGGGACUGAAGAUCCUCGAGUUGUUGUCACAACAUCACGCUCUCCUAGCUCCAAAUUAAAAGAAUUCGCCAAAGAAAUACGUUUCCUUAUUCCGAAUGCAACAAAGAUUAAUAGAGGAAAUUACCUUAAUAAAGAUUUAUUAGAAGCUUGUUUAGCAAAACAGAUCACGGAUGUAGUUAUUGUCAAUGAAUCAAGAGGUGUUCCAGACACCUUGAUUAUUAGUCACCUACCGUUUGGUCCAACUGCUAUUUUCACUUUGUUUAAUGUACGUACACGUCAUGAUAUGGAGACUAUGGGAUGUGGAUCAGGCGCUAAAAUGCCACAAUCUUAUCCUAACCAUAUCUUCAAAGGACUCAAUUCUAAACUGGGUCAGCGUGUUCGGUGUAUCCUGAAGCAUCUAUUCCCAGUACCAAAGGAUGAUUCGAAACGUGUGGUUACAUGGUAUGAAGAAGCAGAUGUCAUAUGUUUUCGGCAUCACACGUUUAAGUAUGUGGACAAAAAGUUGGAGCUAACUGAACACGGUCCAUCAUUCGAUAUGCGGUUAUAUAAAAUUUGGCGUGGACCAUUGCAUGAAGAAUCCACAGCAGACAUUGAAUGGGUCUACCGGCCGUAUAUGACUACCACAUUCAAAAGACACUUUCUUUCUGAAGAAACAACUUCAUAAUAUGUAUAUUAUCUUGUAUAUAAAAUAAAAAAUAUCUUUGAAUAAACUAAUUGCGUUAUUUU